UCUUAUCGUUUUAUUUAAUAGAGUUAUGUGAAGGUGGAAGACACGGUAAGAACUAACGCAAUGUUUUGCUCAUUUUCUAUGACCAAACCCAUUGUUGCUAAUGCCAACCUUCCCCAAAACCCAGAUUCUUCUUCUUCUUCUUCCUCUACACCCCAACAACUCAAUCUUCCCCAAAACCAAAAACCUUCUUCACUCGCUCCCACAAACAGGCUUCGCCGCCUUCGACCGCCACAGCCUUCUAUCACCCAACUUGAACGUGCUGUUGGCGCCGGAAGCUUCAGAGACGGCGAGCCCGAGCUCAAAAUGAACAAAGAUUCAGACAUAAAGAAGACUGUAUUGGAUUUGUUCUUGGGGCAAGCAAUGGAAGGGGCAAUGCAGAAAAAGCUGAGGGAAACAGGAGAAUGGUUAGGUGACAAUGGAGAGACCAGAUUACAAUCCUCCAGUUCCAGUAUAGGAGAUGAAUGUUAUGAAAAGAUGGUAUGAAUGAGCAAUUGAGAGAGAAAUAUUAUGGGAUCAAAAAAUGUGAGAAAAACAUUAUGAUUUAUUCUUCUCAGGGUUACAAAUUGUUUUAGUCUAGUGUCAAUGUCGGAGUAUGUGCUUCAUAGGUUGAACUUAACUCAACUCCUACAAACGGCUUGUAAGGUGAGCAUUGUCCCCACUUAUAAACACAUUGUUAAGUCUUAUCUCAUCCAAUGUAGGACUCUUAAUACUGCUCACGCCCAUGAUUGGACAAAUGGAGCGUGACUUGAAAGCGGUGACCUAAUAGCAGAUGACCUAUAGGCUCUGAUACCAUCUUAGAAUUUGACUUGGACCAAACAGGACCCUGAAAAACCAUCUUGUAAGGUGAAGACUAACCCCAUUUACAAACACAUUGUCAAACCUCAUCUCAUCCAAUUUGAGACUAUUAACAAGUAUAAAUGAAUAAUUGGACAUAUAUCCUUGUAGCAUAAUUUUUUUUUUAUUAAUUAAGAAACGUGAUGCAUUUCACUAUCAAUCAAAUUAUCAAAGAGAAAAGACAGUUGUGGGAAGUAAUAAUCUUGUGUGCUAGCUAAUGAAGAUGAGUCCUUUGCUAAAUUGUAGGCAGCCAUGUUUGCUUGUCUCCGGACAAAACUUAUAUUAUAGUUUGUAAACAUCGGAUCCUAAGGUUGUCCUAAGUUGUGGCCGAUAUUGCUUUAAGAAAGUCAGACCGAGGAAAAUACCCAGCCUUGAAUAUCCUUGACACCAUAGCAUUCGGGUGCAUGAUGAGCUUCCAAGCAUUGCUAUGACAAAGAAACAAAGAUUUCAGAAAGGCGAACCACUGAACUGUUUUGGCAUGGAUAGCUUAUCCCAAGAUAUCCCGUUUUAUCCCUUUCGUGUCUCUACAAUUAGAUCCCUACUAGUAGAAAAUCCUCAAGAUAACUUAGCGUGUGUAGCAUGUGUGCUUUCGUGUCUCUACAAUUAGAUCCCUACUAGUAGAAAAUCCUCAAGAUAACUUAGCGUGUGUAGCAUGUGUGCUUUCGUGUCUCUACAAUUAGAUCCCUACUAGUAGAAAAUCCUCAAGAUAACUUAGCGUGUGUAGCAUGUGUUUGGGUUUUACAUGAACUGCGAUGUGGACAAGCAAUUACAUAGAAGCUUCAAUUUGUUGCUUCACAAACUCACAAUAUAAAUGAAUGCUUAAGAGGGUAUUGCAUAUAUUAUUUUAAUUCUUGCAUAUUUAACAGUUACAACUUCCUACACUGUAAUUUUCUA